AACCCAGUGACUAACGGAAGUGGACCGACGACUCCGCGAUGAUCAUCUACACGAACCCGGGAAAUCCGUUCGGAUUGAAGCUGCUGAUUUGUGCGAAAUUCGCCAAGAAGGAGGUGCAGGUGAAAACGGUGUCUAUAAAUGAUGCCGAAAUCAAGGACAUGAAGCACCUGCCGAUCCUGCAGCUGCCCAGCGGCGUCCAGCUGUUCUCGACGGAUGUGGCGGCAAAGUAUCUGCUGCAGGGCGAAACGCCCGUCAUCCAGCGGGACGAGUGGCUCGAGUGGUCCACGACGCGCCUGGCCCCGGCUCUGGCGCAUAACAUGGCCGUCGGAAGCCGCCAGGAUGCGAACGCGAAGCCGAUCCUGAACUCGCUGGUCAAGUUCCUGGACGAUUGCCUGAGCAAGAACACCUUUCUAACCGGGGAGAAGCUGACCUCGGCGGACAUUAGCGUGUGGAGCUUGCUGGCGCCGGACGGCACGCUGAAGGGGGCCCAGAACAUCGACAACUUGCUCCGGUGGUACCGGGCCAUUAAGGUGAUGCCGGAGGUGACGGCCGCGCUGGAGCAGCUUCCGCUGGCGGAGUUGAGCUUUGCCUCGCUGCAGCACUCGAACAAGUUUGGAGGGCUGCACCACAUCGUGCUGGAUCCGGAGAUCAUCGACUUUGAGGGCCAGGUGCUGAAGGACACUUCGGACAACAUUGCCGCGACGGUGCAGAAGGAGGAGAUCCAGGCGGCGAAGGAUCUGUUUGUGCCGGUUGUCGAGCGAGAAGUGGUUGAGGAGAAGAUCGUCCUGCCGAAGGCCGGUCAGAAGAACAAUCUGAUAACAUCGGCCCUUCCGUACGUAAACAACGUGCCACAUCUGGGAAACAUCAUCGGUUGCGUCCUCUCGGCUGAUAUCUUCGCGCGGUACUCGCGCCUUUGUGGCUACAACACGCUGUUCAUCUGUGGCACGGACGAGUACGGAACGGCAACGGAGACGAAGGCCCUGGCGGAGAAGCUCACGCCGAAGCAGAUUUGCGACAAGUACUUUGAGAUCCAUAACUCGAUCUACCGCUGGUUUGGCAUCGGCUUUGACUACUUUGGCCGGACGACCACGGCCGAGCAGACGCAGAUCGUGCAGGAGAUGUUCAUCGAGCUGUACAACGGCGGGUUCAUCGAAACGCGCGCGGUGGAUCAGCUUCUCUGUCAGAAGUGCGAUCGCUACCUGGCGGAUCGGUUCGUCGAGGGAACGUGCCCCCAUCCGGGUUGUGGUUACGAGGACGCCCGCGGUGACCAGUGCGACGCUUGCGGUAAGCUGGUGAACGCGAUCGAGUUGAUCCGUCCCCGUUGCAAGGUUUGCAACACUUCGCCCAUCAUUCGUCAGUCGAGCCAGUUCUUCCUGGAUCUGCCGAAAAUCGAACCCAAGCUUAAAGAGUGGGUUGACCGGGCUGAAAACGGAUGGACCAACAACGCUCGGGUUAUCACGCGCGCCUGGCUGAAGGAAGGACUCAAAUCGCGUUGCAUCACGCGUGAUCUCAAAUGGGGCAUUCCCGUUCCGCUCGAGGGCUACGAAGACAAGGUGUUUUACGUGUGGUUCGACGCCCCGAUCGGUUACAUGUCCAUCACGAGUCGCUACAGCAAAGAGUGGAAACAGUGGUGGCAACCGGAGCAGGACAAAAAGAUCGACCUGUUCCAGUUCAUGGCCAAGGACAACGUUCCGUUCCACUCGGUCAUGUUCCCGGCCACGCUGCUCGGCAUCGACAAGGGCCACACGCUCGUGUCGCACAUCAUGGCCACCGAAUAUCUCAACUACGAGGACGGCAAAUUCAGCAAGAGUCGCGGCAUCGGCGUGUUCGGUAACGACGCGUACGACACCGGCAUCCCGGCGGACGUCUGGCGCUUCUACCUCGCCUCAGCCCGUCCCGAAGGCCAGGACUCGAGCUUCAGCUGGAACGACCUCGCCGCCCGAAACAACAGUGAACUGCUCAAAAACGUCGGCAACUUUGUCAACCGCGCGCUCGUGUUCUGCGAAAAGUACUUUGACCAAACCGUUCCCCCAAUGGUCCUCAACGAAGAUGACUUCACGCUGCUUGCCCUCAUCAACCGUGAACUGCGCGGUUACGUCAACCAAAUGGAGCGUGCCCGACUCCGGGACGGCAUCCGUCACCUCCUGCAAGUUUCGCGCUACGGCAACCAGUACAUGCAAUCCGAGGAACCGUGGGUCCUAGUCAAAGGCACCGACGACCAAAAAGCACGCGCCGGCACCGUCAUCGGCCUCUGCGUCAACUUUGCCUGCCUCAUCGCCACCCUACUCUUCCCCUUCAUGCCAUCCACGGCACGCAACCUCUACGCCCAGCUCAACAUCAAAAGCGGCCACAUCAACCCGGACAAACCGCAAAUGCGCAUCCUAAUCCCGACCGGCCACAAAAUCGCCAAACCCGUCGUCCUCUUCAACAAAAUCGAACAGACCAAAAUCGACGAACUGAAGAAAAAGUACGGCGGAGUUCAGCAACCAGCCGCCACGGAACAAAAAGCCGUCGGCAAAGGUGGCAACAAACUGUUCAACUCGCUCGCCGAAGCGCAAAAAGCCGUCGACGAGCAGGCGGCCAAGGUGCGCAAGGUCAAGUCCACCGGCGCCGACAAGAGCGUCUGGCAGCCCGAAGUCAACAUUCUGCUCGAGCUGAAAAAGCAGCUGCAAACGCUCAGCCAGCCGCGCACCUCCGGAAGCCUCUCGGCCCUUUCAGGAUCGGACGCAACAGCGGCGGCGCAGCCGCCAAAAUCCGACCCGGACGCGGUAAAGACGCUCGAGGCGGAAAUUGCCGCGCAGGGUGAGAAGGUGCGCACGCUCAAGGGAAGUGGCGCGGAAAAGGCCGUCUGGCAGCCGGAGGUGGCCGUGCUGUUGGGUUUGAAGGAAAAGCUGGCCAAGCUGACGGGAGGGGCGCCGGCGGCCGCUGCUUCGGCAGGAGGAAAGAAGAAGAAUAAGAAGUAAGGGGGAGGACAUUGAAUCAUUACAGAACGAACGAAAGUGUGCACAUCCUCAAUUGGCUUUGUUAUGUUUAGUUGUGAGAGUUGACAAUUAUAAUUGUGAAAUUACACUGUGUCGUGCAGCAUUAUGAUUAAGAAUAAAUGGAUUUCCAGUGAAGUAAAAA